GCAAUCAUCGAUGUUGCAGAAUCUAAUUAAUUAAGCUGGGCAAAUCAUGAAACUAAGAGACUGUUAGAUGAUAAUGUAGAACCAAGAUAUAGUGACAGGGUGAGCAAACACCUGCUUGAAACCUGAAACUGAUGAUGCAUGGUAGCAUCAUGUUAAGAGGGUGAUGAGGUUAAUGAUAUCAUUUGGAUGGUGGCAGCAACCCAUUUGGUGCAAGUAGAAGCAAUCAUGGCCACCAUUGGGCCUUGGAAUAGUUCAGUCUUACCGAGCAUCACAUUGCUCCUCUGGCCACCACCUCUUUCUUCAAGCUUAUAAGGAUAACCAUUGCAAGUAGUCCCCUUAAGCUCUCUCUCUCUCUCUCUCUCUCUCUCUCUCCUCAGGGAAAUGAAAGGAGUGAACUUCUCCUGUGUAUCACCGGCAUCAGCAGCGAUAUGCACGAGCAUAGAUCGGCGGUCGAUGGUCCGAGGGAGCACCGGAAGAGCGGCCGACCGGCACACGGCUCAUCCGAGAGAUCCAAGGAGAGCAAACUCUGCUCUCGGCUCCAUGUCUGGUGCAACCAGAGAGAGGCGAUCUCGCAACCAAAGGAGCAGGAAGAUCUUGGAUAAACCAUCUGAUCUUGUGACUCCGCCGGGCUCCUCGCGAUACUUGUUGAACGAUGAUGACUUCUUCGAUGUUUUCCCGAGCGUGGUGACUGCUGCUCCUCUUCUCUCAGUGGAUCAACCUGUUGUCCUGAAGCCACCGUCUUCUACUACGUCACAAGAACAGGUUGUGCAUCUGAGGGUAUCUUUGCACUGCAAAGCUUGUGAAAUGAAGGUCAGGAAGCACAUCUCGAAGAUGGAAGGCGUGACCUCAUUCAACAUAGACUUGCCAACGAAGAAGGUGACGGUGAUCGGAGACGUGACGCCGCUGGGAGUCCUAGACAGCGUCUCCAAGGUUAAGAAUGCUCAGUUAUGGCCUUCCCUUUGAUCGAAAGUCUUCAUCUAUGUGGAACAACGCUAAAUUGGGCUGACGAUCACAGUGGAGAACAGUGCCAAGAAAGAAGCGAGCAACAGGAAUUAAUCCAAGCACCAAACUUUCGAGCUUAGCCAGCUUUCUCUUCCUUGUGAUCCAUGAACAUAAACCAACCCACAGUUGAACCAGUCCGAUUCCGAGACAUCUCCAGGAAGAAUGCAUGGCAGAGGUGUGCCCACUUGGUGUGCCUUCUGAUAUCAGAGCUAACCUUUGAUUAAUUGAGACAAGGAUGUCAUGCAUCCAAGUCUCUACUAUUUAAUACCUGUUCUUGUCAUGGUAGGACAAGCCAAUAAAUACGCUGAUAACAAUUAUUCCCUCGAGAA